AUGCCGUACAGUGAGGAUGAUGACUCCCAAACAGGGUUCUCGGAACCAACCCAGGGGAUGUCUAAAGCUGAGUUGAGAAAGACGAACAAGCCGAUAAUGGAGAAAAAACGUCGCGCGCGCAUCAACCAUUGCCUGAAUGAGCUCAAGGACCUACUAGCUGCCUCUGACAAAGACCCAGCACGUCAUUCAAAACUGGAAAAAGCCGAUAUCCUGGAGCUUACCGUGAAGCACCUUCAGAAAAUACAGCGACAACAGUUAGCAGCUGCUAUAGCAGCAGAUCCCGCAGUACUUCACCGCUUUAAGGCUGGUUUCAGCGACUGUGCUGUUGAAGUCAGACGCUACCUCUCGCGGCUUGCCAGCGUACCAACAGGGCUUCGGCAUCGUCUUGGAAAUCAUCUAACGUCUUGUGUCGGAGGAAUGGAAACGAUGCAACCAAGAGAUUACGCGCCCCUCGUACCAGACCCACUAAGACUAGACGACGAAAGACCAAGCGCAUUCCAUUUUGUUAAAUCUAUUAAACCAACAAGUCCCCCUUUAAGUCCAUUAUCCUGUGAUUCCGCUUGUGACUCUUCAACGGAACUUGAAACACCACCACGACCAGUUCAGAACUUUCCCUUCCCUACACCUCCAAGUAGAUCAGCUUCAGAUCAAGAUUCCAGUCCAGAAACUCAGAAGCCGACAGUUUCAUCGACGACAAUUUCACCAGAAAACAGACAAGAUGUUUUAAGACAUAAAAAAUUUAUGGAACCAUUAUCCAUUGUGAUAGACGUGGAGAAUUAUAAAAUUGGUAUCGAUGCAUCACCUAAAAGAGCUGUGGAUUACUCAAUCAGACAUAAGUUAAAACGACCUGUCGUAGACCUGACUGGACCUGCACCUAAGUUAAUCAAAACAGAGGAUAAAAUUGUGCCAGAAAUAGGCUAUAAGACACCUGAAAAGUCAGCGUUUUCACGGGUGCCGGAAAGAAUUCCAGUUUAUCUUAACAAAAAAUUAAGCAUUCCUGAAAGUAUACCAUCAGCUGUUGAAACCACGAAGGAAAAUAGACCGAAUCCUCCACGAACUGUAAUUAGUCAUACGGCGGAAUCUUUAGCCCAAUCGUUCAAGAAAGAGACACCUAAGGAGGAGAAGGUAGAAGCUGACACGCGUUCAAAGUCCCCACAGCAAGGAACAUCGGCUAGUUCGGAAAUGUGGCGGCCUUGGUGA